GUGACAGAAACAAACAGCCACAGCUGAGUUUUGGGCUUGUUUUUAAGUUCCCACAUGCAAGCUGCUGGAGGUACCCUUCCUGAAGAUGUUCAGGAGCUCUUUGGAGAUGUUGAAGAUUACUUGGAGAGGCUGCAGACUGAGAACCUUAGCGCUAGAGCUAGGGUAGAAAAGGAUGAAAUCUUGUCCAAUAUUCAAGAGCUUAAAGAGAGGUACCAUUGGGAAUUCCUGCCUGGAGCCCAUUUUAGCCCAGCACAAAGUGGUUCUGAUGACAGCCAGUCCAGGAGUUUCACCCCAUACAUAACAUCAGAGGCAGAAAAUUCUGAGAACAACUCACAGAAGUCUUUUCAAGAUCACAUAAUACUAAAACAAGGAUACUUGGAGAAAAAAUCCAGAGACCCCAAAAUCUUUGGCUCUGAGUGGCAGAAACGAUGGUGUGUCCUCGACAAUAUGGCCUUCUGUUACUAUGCGAAUGAAAAAAGCAAGCAACCCAAGGGCAUGUUUGCCAUUGAAAACUGCCGUGCCCAACUGGCUUUGCACCUGCGCAAGGACUCUCGGAGGAACUGCUGUUUUGAGUUGACCUGCCCUGGGAAACGUACCUAUGAGUUCACAGCUGCUAACCCUGCUGAAGCAAUGGACUGGGUGGACCAGAUCCUGUUCUUGCUAAAAGAUAUGAAAUCCUUUGUUAUUCCUUGUGAGGAGGAAGAUGAGGACAGCCAUGACAAAGAGGAGGCCUAUGAUGACAUAGACAGCUUUGACUCCCCCAAUGCAACUCUUCAUAAGGAUAUGACUUUGAACCUGGAGGAAGAGGAGGCCAAAGAAGAGAGUGAUGAGUACAUUUAUGAAAUCCUUCCAGAAGAUGAGCUUGACUUUCCCCCUCCUUUUGAUGAAGACGAUGCUGGAAAUGCAGAGAAGACAAAAGAAUUCAUGAGAAGUUAUGCAAACUACUAUCAAAGUCUGUGGGACUGUACUGGUAGCCAUCCAGAUGAGCUGUCCUUCCAGCGCGGAGAUUUGAUAUAUAUCAUCAGCAAAGUAUACAACAUGUAUGGCUGGUGGGUUGGCUUGCUGAACAGCAGGGUGGGGAUUGUUCCAAAAGACUAUCUCAUGCCAGCCUUCGAUGUGGAAGACAGAUGAACAACAGGAUAAUGGGUGCUUCAUCUCUUCACAUACCUUUGCAUUGAUGAUGCCAACGAAAACAUGUCCCAGCACUCUCUUUGCUAUUUCUAAGGGGAGAAAUGCACCAGCAAAUAUUCCUUCAGAAUUUCCUUUUCCUUUUUUUUAAAAAAAUGAGGGCACUCAAGAGAAAGGAUGUUUUGAAAUGAUUAAGUGAUCUUUCACAAUGUUUUUUGUGGCAUUCUCUUCCUGGAAUAUUUUGUUGUAUUAAAUAUAUUUUUGUCUUUUCCUUAA